CAACCCCUUCUACAUCUUCCAAGUGUGCAGCAUCAUCCUGUGGGGCUUUGAUGAAUACUACUACUACGCCAGCUGCAUCUUUUUAAUCUCACUCAUCUCCAUCUCCGUCUCUCUGUACGAGACAAAGCGGCAAAGUCGGACGCGCUUCGGGACAUGGUUGGGUCUCUGGAAUCAAACAUCUCUGUGUGUCGCGGUGGACAAGAGUUCGAGGAAAUCCCCAACCAGGACUUGGUCCCUGGGGAUGUGAUUGCCAUCCCCCCGCACGGAUGUGUGAUGAUGUGUGACGCCGUCCUUGUUGCUGGUACCUGUAUUGUCAAUGAGAGCAUGCUCACGGGUGAGAGUGUGCCAGUGACAAAGACUCCGCUGUCCCACCAGGAAGACGAGGAGUUGUACUCACCAGACAAUCACAAGAGACACACACUGUUUGCUGGAACUCAUGUUGUCCAGACUAGAUACUACGGUCAGGCCAAGGUGCUUGCUGUGGUCGUCAGAACAGGCUUCAACACAGCCAAGGGUGAACUUGUUCGAGCAAUUUUAUAUCCCAAACCUCUGGGCUUCAAGUUCUACCAAGAUGCAAUGAGAUUUAUCUUGUUCCUGGCAGUAGUUGCCUCCCUUGGAAUGAUAUACUCUGUCAUCAUAGAAACACGAAUGGGGGCGUAUCCAGAGAAGAUUGUACUCCGAGUCCUGGACAUCAUCACAAUAGUUGUCCCCCCUGCUCUCCCCGCCGCCAUGACAGUCGGCACAGUCUACGCCCAAAGUCGACUUAAGAAAGCUGGUAUAUUCUGUAUCAGUCCGCCCCGGAUCAACUUCUGUGGCAGGAUCAACACCUUCUGCUUUGACAAGACUGGAACCCUGACAGAAGAUGGGCUGGACAUGUGGGGGGUUGUGCCGGUGCAGAACCAGUGUUUUCAAGAGCCAGUUCGAAAGCUUCCAGAACUUCCACGUGGACAGAUCCUUGUGUCCAUGGCAACCUGUCACUCACUCACUCUGAUUGAUGGGGAGCUCAUGGGGGACCCUCUGGAUCUCAUCAUGUUUAAUUCUCUCAACUGGACCCUGGAAGAGCCUGGACAGGACACCACAAAGUAUGACACACUGAUGCCGACCAUUGUCAAGCCCUCCGACAAGGACAGCUUCAUGUCAGAUGAGGUGCCAUUCGAGGUGGGAAUUGUGCGCCAGUUCACCUUCUCGUCAAGCAUGCAGCGUAUGAGCGUGAUAACACGAACCCUAGGUCACAACCACAUGGAGAUCUACGCCAAGGGGGCGCCGGAGAAGAUUGCUUCACUCUGUAACCCUGACACUGUGCCGGAGAACUUCCAGGCUCUCCUCCACUCCUACACUGUGCAGGGCUUGCGGGUCAUCGCCCUAGCAUACCGACCUCUUGAAGCCAAGGUCAACUGGCACCAGGUCCAGCGUAUCUCACGAGACAAGGUGGAGUGCGACCUGACAUUUCUGGGGCUGCUGGUGAUGCAGAACCAGCUGAAGCCAGAGACCACCCCGGUCAUCAGGACUCUCCUGGAGGCCAAGAUCAGGACAGUCAUGGUCACAGGUGAUAUGAUUCAGACUGCAGUGAGUGUUGCCCGGAACUGUGGGAUGAUUCAACCACGUGAUAAGGUUGUGAUUGUGAACGCCCAUCCCCCCGACAAGCAGCAGACAGCACGAAUUGAGUGGGAAUAUGCUGAACUGCCCACAGAUGUAGAUAUAAUAUCUGAGCAGGAGACAGACGGCGAGUCCGAUACUGGACAAGAUUCGAGAGCACCAUUGCUCCCUCCAGAGUCAGUUGUGGUUAAUGCUUCUUCUCCCCUUCUCUCACGUGGCAGUGAGUCAAGAAUGUCAGCAAUGAAGCGACGCAGUGUGGUUACUGUUGCCAGUGAGACCGAGACUGUAGCCAUGCUCCCAAUGAGGUUGAAGGUGAUAAGACGGAAUCGGGAUGGACAAGCAUGGAAAAAGGGUUAUAGGACAGUGAAUAUAUCCGAUGAGGGGCCUCGUCAUCACCUUGCCAUCACUGGGAGGUCCUUCGCAGUCGUCACAUCUCACUUCCCAGAGAUGCUGGAGAAGAUUUGUACCAAAGGCACUGUGUUUGCACGAAUGUCGCCAGAACAGAAGUGUCAGCUGAUACAGAACCUGCAGAACCUGGACAACAUUGUCGGUAUGUGCGGAGAUGGUGCAAACGACUGUGAAGCUCUGAAGGCUGCCCAUGCCGGCAUCUCCCUGUCAGAAGCAGAGGCAUCGGUUGCAGCCCCCUUCACAUCACGCAUCUCCAACAUCGAGUGUGUCGUCACUGCCAUGAGAGAGGGCAGAGCAGCCCUGGUGACAUCCUUCGGCUGCUUCAAGUACAUGGCUCUGUACAGCUUCAUACAGUUCGUGUCUAUCCUCAUCCUCUACACGUUUGGUGCCAACCUGUCUGACUUUGAGUUCCUGUACAUUGAUCUGGUCAUUACAACCACUGUUGCUGUCCUGAUGGGGUACACUGGCCCCUACCACAAACUGGUCAGGAAGAAGCCACCUGGGAGUCUGGUCAAGGUGUCCAACCUGCUGUCCAUCAUCGUACAAGUCUUGCUUGUUGGAGUCAUGCAGAUUUCAGCAUAUUUGUAUCUCCGAUCUCAGUCAUGGUAUGAAGAACCCCCGCCCAGCAAGGACCUGGAGAAUGUGAAAUCCUGGGAGUCUACUGUGAUAUUCCUUGUGUCGUCGUACAUGUAUAUAUCAGUUGCAUUCUGCUUCUCGAAGGGACCACCAUUCAGAAAGCCCAUCUACACAAACUAUCCGUUCCUAAUCUCUAUGAUACUUUUAUUUGGUUUCUCCACAUUUCUGCUGUUGUUGCCCCUCCCCGAAAUAGAACACUUCCUAGAGAUGAAGGAACUCCAUGAGAAAUCAAUUACAUUCCGUCUGUACCUGUUUGGUUUCGCCAUCGGGUUUGCUAUCAUAUCUUGCUUCUUGGAGUAUAUGAUAGUGGAUAGCAGCAUGUUGAAACCAUGUUACACGGCCAUAAAGAACAGACGUCCUCAGAAUAGGUACAAGGUUGUCGAGAAGGAAAUCAAGAACACUGAUUGGCCACCUGUGGGUCAGGUGACUUUCCCAACAACCAAUGCAGUCCUUGUCAGCGACAUCCAUGUUGACAUGAAUUCUCAAAGUGCAAUACACUAGCCCUCUUUGGCUGGAAACUUAACUUCACACAAAAUGGUUUUUGAUGAAAAUUUAUUGAAAUGUUCAAUGGAUUAAAUUAUUUUAUUACAACACGGCAGUAUCAUGACUACAUGUUCAACUAUGUAUAAUGUAUCUGUGAUGGAGAAAACAGAUUGUUUUCAUUGAUCAGAAAUGGUUACCAUGGAUACACAUAUAUAUCAUAGUAUUAUUUUGUACAGAUAUUUUCAUGUUAACCACAGCGAUACCUUUUAUGUUUUUCCACAUGAUCUUGUUACUUAAAUAUAGUGGUGGAUGAUCUCUGUUGAAUGAUGUUGCAUGCUUAUGAUUAGUUGAGGUGAUGAAUUUAUCCAAUGUAUUUGGGAACAUGCUUUAUUGGCAAAAUUUUCUUCACAAACCAGCAAUAACAAUCAUCCUUUCAGUGAUUUUAAUAAGGCAGAACAUUUCAUUUUGGUUGUCAUCAAAUCUGGCGAAAUCCUUUGUGGAUCAUAGUUUGACCUAAGAAAAUUUCUUCCAAUAGAACUUAUCCAAAUUGUAAUCUUUAUUAGGUACAAUUAAUAUUAAUGACUAUGUUGUCAUGCCCGCAACACUUACUGGUACCCACAUACUACUUUGAUGCUGGUGCAUGAUGAUCUUCCUCAGCUUGAUAAUAAAUCUUUCACUGUGAUAUGAUUUUACAAUAAUAUCGGAGCAACAUGGAUUAACUGGCAUCAGCCCCAGACUUUUGGCAAUAAUAUGUAAUUCUACCUUUUGAGAUUAUUCUAUAUAUGCAUUGUCAUGUUAAAGAAGAAAAAUAAUAAAAUGUUAACUGUAUAGAGAAAGGUCUCUGAAAUGCACCUGAUGUUCAUCCUCGAUAAUCUCCAGGGUAUACUUCCAAUAAAUUUCUACUAGUACCCUGGAUGCAUCUACAGCUCGGGCUGAUAAUUGUAUUACCUUCCUUUGCUGGUUUCAUCUUCAAACAGUAGCCUAUCAGAUUAAGCCAUAACAACCAAGCUUGCCAGAAGCCGCGAAGGUCGGCCAGCUGUGCAACUCAGAUUUAGGGAAAAAAUCAUACAAACAAAUUGACAGGUCUGAAACCUUAAAAAAAUAUAUGCAUCUUCUACCUCUUUCAGGGUACCUCUGCAACAUUUGUGUUGCCAAGUUUAAUCGGUUAGAUAGAAGAAGCGGAAGGGAGUUAUGAUAGAAGCCUUGUGAUUGGUAAGCUCAACUUUCUAGCGUAGACAUCUGAUUGGAUAAAAAGCCAUCAAAGUGAAGUAAUACAAUUGUCAGGCCGAUCCGUAGAUGCAUACAGGGUACUAGUGGAGAUUCAUGGGAAUGUAUACGCUGGAGAUUAUUGAGGAUGCAUGAUAUUCAGAUGGCACAAUGGCGUCAAUAUAUUACCUCGUGAACACAGACUGAUGUUGUCUACUGUCACGCAGUGGGACUGUGGGGAAUGUGUAUGGACCAGCAUUGAGAACUGUUGAAAUGCACAUGUGCAAUAAAUCCAAAAGUUAUUUCACUGGAUCUUCUAUUGGAUAUUGGUAAUAUUAUGCUAAGAAAACAAUGGCUGGUUUGUGGAUAUAGAAUUACUCGCAAAUUGAUGUUGUGUAUAUAACCAUGUUUUGAAUAUACUAGAUUGUGUAUCAGAGUCACAUUCAGUUCCAGGUUGUUAACUUGUUACCAUGGUAGCAGAUGAUGUUAUACCAGUUUGAUAUUUCAUCAGGGUGUUAUUUAGCCAGCAAUUUUAUUUCCUUUGAAUUGACAGUCCUCUUUUUUAAGGCUUGGUCCCAGAGUUCCAAACAACACAGCUGUUAGGGUACAUGGUUUUACAUAUUUGUCAUGGAAGCAUUUUGGCAUUGUAUGAAAGAUGCAUAAUCCAGGAUUGGCCCAGUCAUCUAAAUUACCAUACAGAGUUGCUUCCCUUAGUGUACCAGGAUCCGAAGAUUGUGGGUUCAGAUCCCACUUUCCAGUGACUAAGAUUCUUGGCUUACCAGUACUGUAUCUUUUACAACAGUUGUAAACAUUUCAGACCAGCUUGACUUUGGGCAUUUCCUCCAACUUCAUCUGAAUUUCAUCGUGUAAUUGAAACACUGUUGAAAGCAGCCUUAGACUACUCCUUCACAUUCAAGUUAGGUUAUCCAAAGUAUUUCUGUACAUAGAUGUGUUAUCAAUACCAACUGCAACAAAACAAAUAGCAUUGUCCUAUUUACAAUAAGAAAUCAGAUUUAUUCACAGAGAA